AUGGGUCUGGAGACAAAGAUCAACAAAUCGGACAGGUCACUGACCGGCUUAAAUAGGGUGACAACAGUUACUGUAGACAGAAUAGACCUCGACGUCUACUCUCCAAUUGUAAUCAACUCGCAAACCUUCUGGGUCAUUGACAAAGUAUCCCCCUACAAUGGCAUCCUGGGCAGACAAUGGGGAAUAGCGAUAAAAUGCUCAAUUCAAGAGCUGAAGAAAAGCAAGCAAACACAAUUCCUCCCUGUGAAUCAAGUAAAUCUGAAGGGAGCAGAUCAAACUAAGGAGAAAGCAGAUCCCAUUCUUGACAGUCAAGCAGAUCUGAAGGGCUCUUAUGAAGAAGGAUGGAAGCGCGAAAAGGAUGUCGAGCUAAUACCCCUUCAUCCUGACAAGCUAGAGAGAAAAGUGCAGAUCGGCUCACGCCUAAGCCUAGAGGAGAAGGCAGAGCGUGCAACCCUCCUCCAAGAAAACAAACACGUAUUCGCAUGGACGCCAUUUGACAUGCUAGGCAUCGAUGCCCAGAUCACCUGUCAUUGCCUUCACAUCAACCCAAUCAUCAAACCAGUAGCACAGAAGAGAUGCAACUUUGCUCUCGAGCAAGUUGCCAUCAUUGAGGCUGAGAUCAACAAGCUCCUAGCUACCGGUUUCAUUGAAGAAGUCUCCCACACAGAAUGGCUCGUUGUUUUAGUAGCAAAAAAAGAUAAGUGCCUGUGGAGAGUUUGUGUUGACUACACCGACCUCAACAAGGCAUGCCCUAAAACCAACUUUCCAUUACCAAUAAUUGAUUAG